GGGUAUCGUCCAACCGAACGUGAUUUGAAUUCGCCAUGGAGAAGGUAAGUUAAAGUCACAACAUCAUGUAGAUCACAGCUCUGUGACUUCUCUUACUAGUAGCUGCCGGCCGUAGCUCUGAAAGUUUCGUUUUAAACUUAAAAAUGAAUUUCUCUUUUACUCGUUUAGGUGGGAAAACAACGAUUCAUGUACUUGUGAUUUUAUAAGAUAAUAAUAUAUAUUUACGCAUAAAAUGAACAAAAACUCUACGUAUAAUCAAUAGCUUCACUUUUUCUAGGAGUGCUCAACGCAUAAAAAUAUGCAGAGCGAAAUACAAAUGAAAGCGACGCAUAGAAAGCUAUUAUUUUUUUAGAUUUUUCUCUCGCAAGCAGUUCGAUGCUUGUUAAAUGUAACGGUAAGAUUUCCGUACAAGCCCAUACAUUUAUUAUAAAUACAAAAAUUUCAUACUAUUUCACAUAAAUAGUUAAUAUGAAAAGAGUCGAAACAUGUACCUUAUUAUAGGAUAUUAACACUCCAUCAAAUUAACGCGAAUCGUUAAAAUUCCCGUUAAUUUAAGUCGCUUUAAUUUUGUUGAGAGUUAAUUUCAACGACGUUAAUUAAGUGCAGCGUUAAUUUGCGUGCCCUUAAUUUCCAGUAUUUUAACCCCAAUUUUGGAACCUGUCCAGACAUUCUUGACACCUGAAAAACAUUAACUACAAGCUGUCUUUCUUUCUAUUUACCCUUUAUUUUUAAUCUUUCACAAAAGCGAAGGCAAAGGUUUACAAUAUUUCGAGCUCAUCUUUGUCUCCAGUGUUGAAAUAAAUUUGUUCCAGUUGUCACCACCAACUGUGUCUUAAUCGCGUUAAUUUCCUUUAUUAUGAAAUUCUACCUCCUCUUUCGCGUUAAUUUUCUUUAUUCGAAAGUCGUUUUCUAUUAAAUUCGCGUUAAUUUAAGUCGCGUUAAUUUCCAAUACCUUAAUUUCAUGGAGCGUUAAUUUCCUAUAAUAAGGUAUGCAGAAUGGGCUGCUAGUUGUUUAAAAACUCUCUUCAUCAAUUUUUAUUCAGCAGGGCAAGUAAUCAACCGAAAUCAACUCUUCUAGUCACAAGGCUCACCAUUGUCUUUCACUGUUUAUUCUUUCUGAUAAUUAUAAUUUUUGUCUGUCUCUUAGAAAAUUUUAUCAGAGAUACUUCUGGUUUGAAUUGCUAAUAUGGUAAAGGGGCUCUGUCAUGUUGGCUGGUUGAUAAUAGAGAGUUUGAAAAUAGAGUAAUUUUAAUUUUCAGUGGACAAAAACCUUGUACUAGAAUAAUUUAAACAAUAUUGCCAUUCUUUUUUUGUAUUUUUCAAGGGCUUAAGAUGUAAUAAAUCAUCUGUAGUAACACCAAAGAAAAUUUCUCGUGGAAGUCCGAGAACAUGAAUGUCAAAUUUCACAAGAAUUGUGAUUCCACAGGUAAAAUUCUGAAAAUCUUAUGUGUAAGAUGUAAUUUUGUGAAAUUUGACAUUCAUUUUCUCGGCUCCCAUAGGAAAUUUUUUUGGUGUUACUACAGAUGAUUUAUUACAUCUUUAGCCCUUGAAAAAUGUAAGAAAGGAUGCAAUAUGCUUUAAAUCAUCCUGGUACAAGAUUUUUGUCCACUGAAAAUCAAAAUUACUCAAUGUCCUGGUGGAUUCUGUCUUAAGCUUCAUGUAUACGGCAAAUGGCAAACAUCAGAUUCAAGUUGAGAAUUUCUCAAAAUAGAAAAUGAGCAGAUAAAAACAGCUCAAAACAACAACAAGUUUUCAAAACCCACAAUUGUGAUCUGUUUCAAUAUUGUUCACAUUUGCCCAUCUGUUCUUCCUUUUGUAUGUGUUAUGUGUUUUCUUUGCUUUUCAUGUUUUGACAAGUUAUUUUUAUGUUUCACUCGGUUUGGUGGCAGCUACUCACUGUUUAAAUUUUGAUAAAUUUCAUAAUGCAGCUCCUUUAACUCAGUGCAUCAUAAUUUAUUACCUAUUAGCCAUGGGGUUCCAAAUAUAAAUUUGUUUCAGUUAAAGUUUCUCCUGGUUAAUUGUGGUAAAGUUUAGAGUUACUCUGCAAACGAGCUGCUGCAAAACUCAAAUGCUUGUUCUAAAGAACAAUAUAUUCCAUUAAUAAUGACUGUUUAGUAGCAGAAUUGUUGUAUUUACAUUUGAUCUUUGUGAUCUUCUCUCCUUUGUCUGUCAUUCUUAACCCUCGGACGUACAAGGGUUUGGGGGGGGGAGUGGACACCACCCCGGUAAGUUUUUUUUUUAGUUUUUUCCUAGAGGAUAAAACAUCAGCACCUGAUGUUCUCAGUAGCUUUUUGUUCAUCCCUUAUACACAUUUUGAGACAAGUUUGGUGAUGGUCAGUUGCUAUGGUUAUGAGAUAUGAUGUCAUAAGUAGCUGGUGGUCAAGCCAUUUUUGGGCGAAAAUAUGUUCUUUUAACUUCUUUCAACAAUGAAAGUAAAUCUUGUGGCUAAAAUCAUGCAAAGUGCUUAUUUAUGAGUUAUUUUUUCAUUUAAAGCUCAAAAAAUUACUAUUUCUUGUGGUUUUAACCUGAUUUCUAAUUCUUGGUAAAAUCCAAGAGGCAGGCCAAGAUGGCGACCAUUGUUGGUCACAGGCCUCCAGUAGCGCCAUCACCUGUAAAAUAUACUUCAUCUUGUUAAGAAGAUCAAAGGCUAAAUCCACUAAAGGUAAAAUCAUCUCGAAAUACUGCAACAUAUCAAAAACAAUGGGGAGGGUUUCCAUCCCCCCCCCCCCCCCCCACCCCGUACCAUGGUAGGGGUAUGAAUUUGCGUGUACGUCCAAGGGUCAGACAAUAGCUUAAACAGCAUACCAUAAUUUAUUUUAUUAAACACCCAACAUUGAAUUAACACCAACCUCAAAUAAGUACUCAUUCUCGGAGAGGGAAAGUUAAUAGGUCCCAGCCUCAAUUAAAUGCCCAACCCCCACCCCCACCCAUUACCCUCACUUCUACCAAAAAGACUAAAAUGGACAAGAAGCGUAUUGGUUGUCAUUUCUUUACUGCCCCAUCUGCUUCUCAUUGACUGACCCAUUUGCAGUGGUUACACUGUGAGACAUUACAACGGAACAUCAGAGAGUUUGCUUAUAGAAAUUGACUACUGUAGGUACAGUACCUCGUAUAGAUCCCUGAAGUCCGAUUGUUUAGUCUUUUUAUUUAAACAAACUUUCAAUGAACAGUUAACAGUUAACAGUCAUUUUGAAAUGUUACACUCUCUUUUGCAUUAAUUUCCUUUAUCUGAAAGUCAUUUUCCAUUAAAUUCACAUUAAUUUAAGUUGCGUUAACUUCCAAUCUACUUUAAUUUCCUAGAGCAAUAAUUUCCUGUAAUUAGGUACAUCUCUUGCUCCUUUUCUAGAUCUUAUUCUCCAGCAUCAACACUUGUGAAUGGCAAUGCAUACUCACCACACAUGCCACGCAAGAGAGAAUCAUCUGCAUCACCAAUCGACCAAGAGUACAAGAAGAAUGUAGAUUUUUUGAAAAGAGGUGGGUACUGUAGAAUGCAGGUCUUGCUAUGUGAAUGCAAGGACAUAUUCAGGGAAGACUUCAAGGGGGCUUUACGGGCCCUCUCUCUUGUUGUAUAAAAUGAUGGAUCUGUUGAGUUUUCAAAUGUCAAUGAAAAUAUACCAUGGCUGUUCUAUUGUUGGUUUUCACAUGACAUCACUAAAAUUCAAACUAAAAAACCAUUGAUCCUACAGAGAUUUUACUUUCACAAUGCAUUAGACCAGCUGAAAACUAAUUUUCAUACAAAUUUUCGCUUCAAAAGGGUUCUUGGUUUUGUGAUAGAGUAAGCUUGAAUUUCUAAGCUUUUGCGUGACUUGGCAUUUACAUGACAGCCAAGAGGGCUGUCAUGUAGGUUAAAAAAAUGACUUUUUUCAGGAAAUUUUGCUAUCUAAACAGUUCGUGUAUAGAAAAAGUAUUACUUUCAUGUUUAUGAGUUUCUCGAAGAAUAAAUUCACUCUUUUUUAGCAAAACUCGGUAACAGAUGUUUCUGUUGGUUUCCGUCAGCCACGUUGGAACUCAUCCAGGUGAGCACCAGCAUGGCGUCUCCAUACAAAUCUCUAUAGGUUUGGGUAAAACAUUUCUUCGGAUAAUUAUCUCGUAUACGAAAUAAUCCUCUGACCUGAAACUUGGCGAGAGUCUUUGUAUAUUAUUGUAUACCUCCUUUCAGAUUCUGGACUUUAUCUAUUGAACGGUUUUGAUUUUGAUUUUGAUCUAUUUUGAAUAGCGUGACACUGAAAACCAGCAAUAGUAAGACACCUGAAAAAAUGUUUAACAAGAGUCCAUUUGCCAAUCACAGUGCACUGUAAGGCUGCAAAGUUACUGCAGGUUAGCAAGGAAUUAUCAUUUCCAAUGUUGCAGAUCUGCCCACCCCUUCAAAGUGAUGGGUAUGCCACUGAACAUAUAAUGACAUAGCCUGUCCUGGUCCUUAAGCAAAUACAAUGUAGCAGUGAUAAAGUCACCAUAAGUAAAAAAUUUGAGGUGAACUUUAUCAUUCCAACUUAGGGUGUGUUGGUUGAUCAUAUUCCGGAAUAAGAAUAUGAAAAAGUUUGGUUACAAAGCUCUUCUUCUGUGUUUUUUGGACUAUUUAAACUCUACAUUCAUUAAAAUACCGUAAAAUUCUGAAAAUAAGCCCCGGGGCUUAUAGUUUUCAAAGGCCCUUUUUGAGGGGCUUAUAUUUCAUGGGGCUUAUCUACGGAGGGAAAUUUGCAUUUCAAAAUCGAUUGGGCUAGCCUUCUAUAUAGUUGGAAGGAAAUUUACCGUUUUUGCUUUGUUUUACUUUGUAUUUGAGGGGAAUUUCCAAGUACAAGCUCCCGGGGGGUAAGGGGCUUAUAUUUGGAGGGGCAAUUUAAUGGAGGAUUUUUUGCGUUGUGAGUUUGGGGGGCUUACAUUUGGAGGGGCUUAUACAUGGAGGGGCUUUUUUUCGGAAUUUUGCCUUAUUUUAUUUCAAAGAAAUUUACAUUUAUUGGAGUCCAAUGAGUGCCAAAACAAGUGAUUUCUACAGUUUAUUUCAUUUAAUAUUCUUAUUCCGGACUACAGUCAAUCAUUCGUACCCUUAGUCAAUUUGUCUUGAAGGUAGUCAAAUGUUCUUGGAGUGGACAUUGAAAAAAAAACUUCUUAAUGGUGUGUUGGAGUAAAUUGAAAAAUAAAUCGCUAGAAAAUUUCAUAUCUCAUAAUUAUGCAGCAAAUGGAAAAGAAAUAUACAGAGUAGUUUUCGUUGCAUAUUUUUUAGCUUUCUAGGUUCCUGCUUUCAAAAGAGUCUUAUUUGUGGCUCUGCCCUUCAGUACAAACUGUUGUUCCUAUUUUCAGUUCACCCUGCAGGGAUCAAAAUAUUGUCAACUGCAGUUACAUUUUGAGGGAGGUGUGGUUUAGUCAGUUUAUAGUACAUGUAAUAUAAUAAUUAUUGUGUUUUCUCAAAAGAUGUUGCCACAGGUGAAUUAAGUUUUAUCAGGAUUUAUUUGUAAUUAAAUCUUAUUUCCUCCAGAAUGGGCAAAAUUGGAGGCAGAAAGGAAUAGACAGAAAGGUAUGAAUGCAGCAAAAUUACAGUACAUGUACAACAUUAAAUAGCUCCUCAUGGUUGGCCUCCAGCCAGUUGGGAUUGUUAACCUUGUUGGCCACAAUGGGAAAAUAGAAAGUCAGUUUUCUUUUUAACAUUCCUCAUGGUUCACAACAACAAAAAUGAAAGGACUACAUCAAAACUCAAAACAUAAUCCUAAAUUUGCAGUUAGAAUUUCCAACUAUUUGUAUUUUACAAUCUACUCUAAAUGUCAGAUCCUGAGGGAAACAGUUUGGUUUGUUUUCCUGAGAGUCCUGGGACUCAAGGGAAAAAAAACUGGGACCUAGCAUUAAGUGUUUUGUUAUAUUUCUAGACUUUGCCUUCAACAGCAACAAAAGAAUAACUGGAGCAAAUCAAAACAGUUGACUCAGUUCUUAUAAGAACACAAAUUUAGUUCUCAAAACCACUGACUGAAUGUUUUACAAAGUACCUUUCCUUAUUUUAUCUGCAUCUUUUUCCUCCACUAGCUGCUGUUUCUCUUUUAGGGAUAGCUUUGAAAAUCUUUGCAUUUUAGCUUGAGGCUUCAUGUUUGUGUUGUGGACUCUCAUUGUGUUCAUCCCUGAAGGUGAAAACUAGCAGUGUUUUUCCCACGUUCUGUCACGCCACUUUCCACCAUGCUUUGAUCUUGUUGUACAUAAUGUAUCCCAAGUGGGGUACAAUUACGAUCAGGAUAUAUUUGAUUUUAGUCAAGGCCAUGUGACCAAGAAUCAACCAAGGGCAGUCCCUGUUUAGUUGAGUGAAAGUCUAGGAAUAUAACAAUAUCAGUUAAACUCAUCACCAAUAGAUGAGCUUGGGCAGUGAUGCCUAAAAGGUUGGUGGAGCUGAAAUCUGAUCUAGCAUGAGGAAGGAGGUAUUCAUGGCAACUCUUGAGGGGCCCCCAUCAGGCACUGUCACACUGAAUUCUUCAGUGGAGUACUUACCGACUAGUAUUUACUUACUGUUCAUUAUAUAAGUUUGUCUUUAUUGUUAUUAUUAUUAUUAUUAUUAUUAUUAUUAUUUCUUCUUCUUCUUUUAUUAUUAUUAGAAGUUGAUUUCUGUCAGAAUCAGAAACGCUUCAAACUUCCAAUCGUUAGGUCUCAAUGCACUUGCUCCACUCUGUCUCUCUUUAAACCUCUCGACAAUAGAUGGUUGUGGGGAAGGUGCCUGGUGAAACUGAGAGGAGCUGCAAGGGAGCCUUGAAGGUAACCAUGACAACCCUGUAAGUGGCAUCACCAGGCACCAUCACACCUCAGUGGAGAAAUCUGCAGACACUUACCAGAAAACAUCCAAAGGAAAGGGAGGGCUGGGAACAAAAACAGCUGAAGCUACUGCAAGCAAAAGCAACGUGAGCGAAAGCGCUGUAAAAUUACUAAAGCCGUGCUAAAGCCCAACACCACCCCGGGUACGAUUAGUGAUGGAGACUGUUGGCCAGGAUUGUCUCCUGUUUAACCUCACCUAAAUUACAUUUGGCCUUUGGUGUAGAUGGAUAUACACUGAUGACAAACUGCUGGCUUAGCUUGUCAAUGGACUAGCGUCCCAUUCAGGGAUGAGUGGCAUAACUUCAUGUGACCAAAACUUGGUUAGGCAUUGGUCAUGUGGGCCUCAUGGCUUACACUCCCCGUUACAUUAACACUGUAACUUUUAUUUGUACCCUUUACCUUAAGUCAUGCAUCAAAAUAAAUGAUCCAUUCAAACAUACUGUAUACAUGAAAUUUUUAUGCCCUGGCAGGGUUAAACCUGCACAUUAAAGAACAGAGAACCAAUUACAUGUAAGAGAAUUCUAGUUGAAGUAUAUUGCACUUUCAAGCCUGGAAUCAAUAACAAACUGUGGGUAAAUAAGUAGAAAUAAAAUUAUUCUUACCUAUUACAUGAAAUGAUGGCAUUUUUUUCUUCAUUUGUAGAGACAGUAACGGAAUAUGCUCCACGAGAAAUGGUUGUGCAAGGUAUGUUUAAAUUCUGAAGUGUUAUGGGCUGUAUUUGCACCUGACCUCUGUGCAUAUUUAAUGCUUCCCUUUAGAAUUGGGAACGUUUCCAAGGUUCCUGAAAUAGCGGUUCUAAUUGGUCCAACNGGCAUAACUUCAUGUGACCAAAACUUGGUUAGGCAUUGGUCAUGUGGGCCUCAUGGCUUACACUCCCCGUUACAUUAACACUGUAACUUUUAUUUGUACCCUUUACCUUAAGUCAUGCAUCAAAAUAAAUGAUCCAUUCAAACAUACUGUAUACAUGAAAUUUUUAUGCCCUGGCAGGGUUAAACCUGCACAUUAAAGAACAGAGAACCAAUCACAUGUAAGAGAAUUCUAGUUGAAGUAUAUUGCACUUUCAAGCCUGGAAUCAAUAACAAACUGUGGGUAAAUAAGUAGAAAUAAAAUUAUUCUUACCUAUUACAUGAAAUGAUGGCAUUUUUUUCUUCAUUUGUAGAGACAGUAACGGAAUAUGCUCCACGGGAAAUGGUUGUGCAAGGUAUGUUUAAAUUCUGAAGUGUUAUGGGCUGUAUUUGCACCUGACCUCUGUGCAUAUUUAAUGCUUCCCUUUAGAAUUGGGAACGUUUCCAAGGUUCCUGAAAUAGCGGUUCUAAUUGGUCCAACUAUAAAUGCAAUUCUUAUUACCCAUAGAAGACUAAAAACAUUAACAACAAUUAAUAUUAUUAUUAUUGUUGUUGUUGUUGUUGUUGUUGUUAAUAUUACAUUUCAAUGAUAAACGUGUGUUUGAAGAUGAAGAAUUGUGGACAUGCUGCCCCAUUUUGAAAGUGAAUUAUCCUGGAGGGGAGCUUUAAAAAUGUGGGCUCUAAGGUCAUGGGGAGGGAACCUCCCUUUUUUUACACCAAAAAGGAGGCGUGAAGGUCUGGAUCUGCCACUGAUUUGGUUCAUUUGUUCAUUUGCUGUACAACUCCCACCCAUGUCGAGUACUUCAGUGUUAAUGGUUUUAGGCCAUUUCUCUUCCAUCUUUCUUGAUAGUAAAGGAUUUUGUGUCUUGCUCAUGCUUGCAAUAAUUGAUCAUAAAUUAUGAUCAUGCCCAUAGCCAUUCUUUUGGUACAGACAUAAAGAUCUGCGAUUGCCCAUAGCGCAGGCAGCUAGAAGGGAAUAUUUGUGGUGACAUUUUUCUGAACAAGCGCUUUUUGUUUAUCUUAAUGUUUAAGUUAAAUCUGCAAUGGCAGAGUCAGUCAGGGAUGCUGUAGGAAAUCUGAACUGUAAGCAAAAGCGUCAAGUUUUUUUUGUGAAACUCAAACUUCAGUUCAACUUUAUUAGAAAAAUAUUUGCAAUUUCAACACAAGAGACCGGUCUGCUUUAAGCGUUACAAUUUGCUAAUCUGCAUUAGGCUGUCAUGAUUUCACUGUGAUUGGUCAUAACACAAGAAACAUUCCUAAAACAUCGUUUUUGCUUUUCAUGGUUUUUAUAGAUCGUUUUCACUCGCGUGGACAGUACCUUUUAAAUAAGGGCUGAAGAUUCAAUUCCCACAGGUCUGGUUUGGGACACCAACAUGGCCACCGUUCCAUUGUUUUGGAACACCAAUAUGGCCGCCGUGGCGUCAUGUAAAAACACUCUAUUAGUUGGACUGAAGACUGCGGUGAAAAGUAAUGUGACUGCGUGUAUUUUUUCCAUUUUUUUUUCAGAUUUUCAGCCAUUUGAUUUGGAUUCAUUCCUUGAAAGUCUUCACCAGCGCCAGCAACAAGAGCAACAGGAUCAAUAG